UCAGACUGUGAAACUGUAGGCUUGUCAUUUAAUGCCAUUAAUUAUCACACUGAGUCAGAUAUUUCUUUGUUAAUUAUUAUCAUCUUAAACAUGACAGAUUGUCCAAACACACAGAAAAACUCCUGAGAUCCACACACUAUUAUAAAGAUGACGUUUAUUAAAGAGGAGAGUGAAGAGGUGAAGAUUGAAGACACAUUGAGAGUCAAACAAGAAGAUACUGAGGAACAAACAGACCUCAUGCCGCUGAAAGAGGAGCGCAUAGUCCCGAAUGUAAAAGAAGAGAAAGAACAAUAUGAGACUCAUCGUGAUUUUAAAACUAAAGAAGAAUCUUUCAGUAAGCCACAGAUUAAAAAGACUUUCUCACAGAAAACAACUCCUAAAACCGGAACUAAAAGUUAUUUCACCCCUUUUCGCUCUGAAAAGAGUUUCAAUGAAUCUGGAAACCUAAAAGUUCACACUGGAGAGAAGCCUUACACCUGCAAACAGUGUGGAAAAAGUUUCAAUAGACAGGGAGUCCUUAACAGACACAGGAGAAUUCACACUGGAGAGAAGCCCUUCACCUGCCCUGAGUGUGGAAAAAGAUUUGGUCAAAAAGUAAACCUUAACAGGCACAUACAAAUUCACACUGGAGAGAAGCCCUUCACCUGCCAACAGUGUGGAGUCAGUUUCACACAUAAAGAAAACCUUAAAGUCCACAUGAGAGUUCACACUGGAGAGAAGCCAUACACCUGUCCCGAGUGUGGAAAGAGUUUUACUCGAAAAGCAAGCCUUAAAGUGCACAUGAGAGUUCACUCUGAAGAGAGUCCUUUUAUCUGCCAACAGUGUGGAAUAUGCUUCAUUGAAAAAGGAUUUCUUAAUAGACACAUGCAAAUUCACACUGGAGAAAAGUGUUACGUGUGCCAUCAGUGUGGAAGAAGUUUCAAACAAAAAGGAAACCUUAAAAGGCACAUGAGAGUUCACACUGGAGAAAAGCCUUACACUUGCAUACAGUGUGGAAAGAGUUUUUCUAUACAAUCAAACCGUAACAAGCACAUGAGAAAAUUACACGGCAUAUUUUCUACACAUUCUUGAUCUACAAAUGAGGAUUCAUUUGAGAGAACUGUUUUAUGUCAUCAGUUGUUGAAGGAGUUUCACAGACAGGAAUCAUGUAAUAAUGUUAUGAUGUGUAGGAAGCUCAGAAGUGAAGAUCAGGGGUCUGUUUGUAAUAUCUUUUCAUUGUGUAUUUUUCUGAAUACUGGAGUUCUGUGUAUUUAUUUAAAGAUGUCAUCUGUUACGGCUCUCACUGACUGACUGCACUGCUGCUUGAUAGCACGGGGCUUGUUACUUGAUCAUGCUCUCGCUGAAAAUCUGACCAUUACUGCCCGUUCCCAUCCGCUCCCGUGAUUUUUGUGUCUACUCCCACAAACAUUCUAAUAAUGUAUAUAAUUUACACUGGUGUUCAUCACAUGAAUGAAAACUAUACUGUAUAUAGUCUUUUGAUAUAAAGUGUUUUAGGUAUACAUUACAAAUGACCAGAGAUGGGUAUAAUGCAUUUCACAGUAACUUACUGUAUUCUAAUUACUUCACCUGGUUUACGAAGUAAUGCUUUAAAUUUAAAAUUGAUGUAAUUUUUUUUAAGCAUCCAUUCAUCUGUUUCGUUAUACCAACUAAAAUGGUUCCAACUUCCAAACAAAGAUCACAGCAGAAGUAUUGUGCAAUCUCCAAGCAGCAGAGAUAAUGAAUUAGUUAAUUGAAUGACUCACUCAUUGAAGUAACUUACCCAACACUGCAAAUCACACAUUUUACAAAUAUACAGGUGCAUCUCAAUAAAUUAGAAUGUUGUGAAAAAGUUCAUUUAUUUUUUUAAUUCAACUCAAAUUGUGAAACUUGAGCAUUUAAUAAAUUCAGUGCAUACAGACUGAAGUAGUUUAAGUCUUUGGUUCUUUUAAUUGUGAUGAUUUUGGCUCACAUUUAUCCAAAACCCACCAAUUCACUAUCUCAACAAAUUACAAUAUGGUUCCAUGCCAAUCAGCUCAAAACACCUGGAAAGGUUUCCUGAGACUUCAAAAUGGUCUCUCGAGCUGUGUCCCAAAGUUAAGUGCAUUGACUCAGGAGUGCGCAUUUGAAGUGCAAAUACAUCACAACGGUGCAACGAAGGCUGAC